AUGCUACCAGCCCGAGACCUUCUCCAACCCCUCACCGGCACCAUGAGCUUCAAGAGCCUGCUGAACGACCUGACAGGCUACUUUCUGUAUCUGCUAUUCACCGCGACGCUAGGCCCCCUGCUCUUCGGCUUCCAUUUGGCCGAGUUGAACACGCCGCAGGAUGUGAUAACGUGCAAGAAAAAGACGCUAUUCGGCAGCGCGGCGUCCACGCUGCCGCAGUGUAUGCCCAUGACGCCCGCCGAAUGGGGCCUCGUGUCGUCCAUCUUCACGCUGGGCGGGCUCAUCGGCGCCCUCUCCGCGGGGCCCAUCGCCGCGCGCCAGGGCCGCCUGCGCUGCAUGCAAUUCAGCACCGUCUUCUUCGCCAUUGGGCCCGUCUUCGAGGCCCUUGCACCGCACAUGGGCGUGCUCGCCCUCGGCCGCUUCGUCUCUGGCUUGGGCGCCGGUGCGUCCGUCGUCGUUGUGCCCAUUUACAUCAGCGAGGUCGCCCCGCCCGCCGAGAAGGGCUUUUUUGGCUCCUUCACCCAGAUCAUGUGUAAUGUCGGCAUCUUGAUCACCCAGCUGCUGGGAUACUUCCUCAGCAAGGGCCAGCUUUGGAGAGUCGUUCUGGGCGCGGCUGGCGUCAUCGGCGUCGUCCAGGCCGUGGGUCUGCUUUUUGGCGUCGAAAGCCCGAAGUGGCUGGCAGACGCAGGCCAGCCUGGUGCGGCCAAGAAGACGCUCCGCAAGAUCCGAGGCCACAAGUUCGACAUCAGCGAGGAAGUCAGCGGGUGGGGCAUCGAGCCGAGCGAAGAACUGAGCGGUACGUCUAAAAAAAAAAAAAAAACAAAUGCCCUAUCAAACCAAGAACCCACUGCAACUAACCCACCCCCAGACGAAGAAGAAACCCUCCUCAACAAUGAAGAAGACCGCACCGGCGACCACGACAGCACCAGCUCGCCCAAGCCCAGCCCAACGCAAAAGCCCGUCCUCAGCUUCUUCCAAGUAGCGCGGCACCCAGACACGCAAAAAGCGACCAUCGCCGUGAUAACCGUCAUGCUGGCGCAGCAAUUCACGGGCAUCAACAGCAUCAUCAUGUACGGGGUAUCGCUGCUCUCGAGCCUGCUAGCCGCCAACUCGGCGCUGCUGAACCUGUUCGUGUCGGCCGUCAACAUCGCCGUCACGGCCGGCUGCGCGCCGCUGAUCGAGCGCCUCGGCCGCAAAACCUGCCUGCUGGGCUCCAUCAGCGGCAUGGGCGUCGCGGCCGCCCUGCUCGCCAUCAGCAUCCUCAAGCACGUGCCGGUUUUGUCCGCCGUUGCCGUCGUCGGCUUCGUCGCGAGCUUUGGCCUCGGCCUCGGCCCCGUGCCCUUUAUCCUGGCGUCCGAGCUCGUCGGCCCCGAGGCUGUCGGCGCCACGCAGAGCUGGGCCCUGGCUGCCAACUGGGUCGCGACGUUUAUUGUCGCUCAGUUCUUCCCCAUGCUUAAUGCCGCGUUGGGCGGGUAUACGUUUUUUAUCUUCACGGCUGCCGCCGCUCUGUUUGGUGCUUUUGUGGCGUAUUUUGUGCCCGAGACCAAGGGGAAGAAGGACGCUGAUGAGGUGUGGGGCCGGCCUGGUAGGCGCGAGGACUAG